AUGUCGGUGAACAUCACAGGAUUGGGAUCGGUGAGGUUCACCCUCCUCGGAGUUCCUGGACUGGAGAGGUUUCAUCCCGUCAUUGCCGCGCCGUUCUUCAUCAUGUUCCUGUGUUCGGUGAUUGGCAACCCUCUUCUUGUUUCCAUCAUUCUCUCCGAUCGUGGUCUCCAUGCCCCCAUGUACAUGUUCCUGUGUUCAGUGAUCGGCAACCCUCUUCUUGUUUCCAUCAUUCUCUCCGAUCGAGGUCUCCAUGCCCCCAUGUACAUGUUCCUGUGUUCAGUGAUCGGCAACCCUCUUCUUGUUUCCAUCAUUCUCUCCGAUCGUGGUCUCCAUGCCCCCAUGUACAUGUUCCUGUGUUCAGUGAUCGGCAACCCUCUUCUUGUUUCCAUCAUUCUAUCCGAUCGAGGUCUCCAUGCCCCCAUGUACAUGUCAUUGUUGGCCACCACAGACUUCAUGCUUUCCCUUACCAUAGCACCACAGAUGUUGGCCGUCCUUUGGCUGGACUCUCGUGUUGUGUUUUUUAGUAGAUGCGUCAUCCAGAUGUUCUUUGUCCAUUUCCUCACCUAUAUGGAGACCGGAGUCCUGGUGGCGAUGGCGUUCGAUCGCUAUGUUGCAAUAUGCCAACCGCUAAGAUACUCGGCCAUUCUUACCGUUCCAACGAUCACCCGGAUUGGCUUAGCCCUGUUUUUACGAGGGGUGCUUAUAGUCAGUCCUUGUGUCCUCCUAGUGAUCCGGUUACCCUACUGUGGACAUGAAGUGAUUGGCAAAUCUUACUGCGAUCACAUGUCCAUAGCGAAGGCCUCAUGUGGCGACACCACCAUCAACAGAUACUAUGGUCUCAUUCAAAUUAUUUUGGCGCUUUUGUUUGAUAUUUCCACUAUAAUGUUAUCUUAUAUCUUCAUCAUCAACGCUGUGCUAAAACUGUCCUCCAAAGAGGCCCGGUCUAAGGCAUUUGGCACGUGUUCCUCUCAUGUCUGUGUCAUGUCGUUCUUCUAUAUCCCGGGUGGCUUCACUCUUCUGGCGUACAGGUUUUGGAAACACAUCCCCCCCUCCAUCCAUUCCCUCCUUUCUCUCACCUACCUCCUAAUGCCCCCGAUGAUGAACCCGCUGGUGUACGGGGUGAGGACCAGCCAGAUCCGUGACCGGGCCCGGAAAUUGUUCCUCUAUCCCAAAAAACGAGAAUUGAAGUCAACAUUUAACCAGAAAUAUUUCAUGUUUAGUUCUGAAUGA